GCAUCUCUUCCCUUUUGAUCACUCCAAAUACAUUCGCCCGAACUUUGAACACACAGAGAGAAAGAGAGAGGAUGAGAAGACGACCCGGAAUCGGAGGCCUGCAGACAGCGGCAGCUGCUAGGGAUCAGUACCGGUUGCUCGGAGAGAAUGUGGCGAAGAUCCGGACCGAUCUCAUGAAGGAGCAGCUCGCUACCUUCCGCUCCCAGCUCGAAGACUUCGCUCGCAAGCACAAGAAUGACAUUCGCAAGAAUCCCGCGUUCAGGUCGCAGUUCCACGAGAUGUGCGCGAAAGUCGGGGUUGAUCCUUUAGCAUCGAACAAAGGUUUUUGGGCUGAGCUGUUGGGGAUCGGUGACUUCUAUUAUGAAAUCGGGGUGCAAAUUGUUGAGAUUUGCUUGGCAACGAGAGCCCAAAAUGGAGGUUUGAUCAAUCUGCAGGAGCUCUGCAGUCUUCUUCGUCAGAAAAGAAAAGGCUCGAGGGAAGCUGUUUCUGAGGAUGAUUGCUUACGUGCCAUAAGUAAGCUGAAGGUUUUGGGUAGUGGUUUUGAGGUAAUAUCUGUUGGGAAGAAAAAGCUUGUUCGAUCAGUUCCAACUGAGUUGAACAAAGAUCAUAAUGAAAUCAUUGAACUCGCCCAGGCUCAAGGUUUCGUGACCAUUGAUGAGCUAGAGAGACGGCUGUCCUGGACCUCUGGCCGUGCCAUUGAUGCACUCGAAACUUUGUUAAAAGAAGGUUUUGCUAUGAUUGAUGACGGACACAGAGACGGCAGACGUAGGUACUGGUUCCCUUGCGUAUCAUCCAUCUCCUCGUUGGGAGGAAAUGACGCCUAAAACGAGCGGAUCCCUUUUCCACUCUUUUUCAGCUUUAAUUUAAGAUGGUGGUCGAGAAUAUGUUCCUUUCGAGAUUCAAAGCGAUGAGAAAAGAGUGUUCAAAUAAGUCAGUGUGCGGGACAAAAUAGAUUCUGUUUUCAGCUGCAGCUCUUAUAGCUUUGUCUGUAACUUCACAUGUCAGUGUAGAUACAUACAAUUUGGUUUCUAUCUGGAGAUAAAGUUGAAUACUGAUUCUAUUACAAUCACUCGGACAGUGCGUGCCUCCGAGGUUUGGAGUAA